AUGAAAAAACAUACCCAUGAAAAUGAAGAUCAAGGUGAAGGAAAUAUUUUAAUUAUCACACAUUAUAAACUUGAAGAAAAUGGUAAAACUAGUAAUGAAACUACUAUAAAUAACAGUGCAUUUGAAAAAUGGGUUGAAAGUCUCACUUUAAAUGGCAUUAUGGAUUUAAAUGACAUUAGAAAUAUAAUUGUAGAUAUAUCUCUCGAGUGGUGUACACCAGAUCAAAUCUUUCAAGAAAUAAUAAACAAAAAUAGUUAUACUGCUAUUGAUUGGAAAUUGUUUAAUCCAAAAAAAUUUAAAGUUAAUACUAAUGCAUAUAUAAAAGUUAGAGACUUUUUUAAUAAUAAACAAAUACUUUAUGAAGAAGAGACAUCGUCCGACUCUGAUUUAGAUGAAAAUCCAUUUUUUUUAGACAGUAGUGAAGAGGAAUAUACUGAAAGCGAUUAGAUGCUCUCUGAAGAAGAAGAAAUAUAAUAAUUAAAACAAUUCAACAAGAACAAACCAUUUAAUAUUCUUUAAAGUUUAUUAAUUAUUUCAUUGUUACUAUUUCCG